AUGCAUCUCUCCACCAUCGCAAUACCAGCCUUCCUCACCACCGCCGUCCAAGCCCACGGCCGAAUAACCCAAAUCACAACAUCGAGCGGAGCAGUCUACGCAGGCUGGGAUCCCGCUUCUUCGGACAAUCUCAUACCGCCGCAUCCACUUGCGGCAUGGUCCGCGUCAAAUCUCGGCAACAUCUACAUCCCGCCCUCGCAGUUCAACACCUCCAACAUCGCUUGCCACUACAACGCCAUCCCAGGCGCUCUCCACAUCAACACCACGGCCGGCGACGAGCUAAAGCUGCAAUGGAACGAAUGGCCGGUGUCGCACGUCGGGCCCGUUAUGACGUAUCUUGCGGACUGUAAGGGGAGCUGCACGGGCAGAAAAAGUGAGGAUCUGGCAUGGGUCAAGAUCGACGAAUUGGGAUGGCUGAAUAGUACAGGCUGGGAGACACUAGAUCUCGGUGGGACGUGGGCCGCGGAUGUGCUCAUUGCGAACGAGUAUUCUUGGGUGGUCAGAAUACCGGAAAGACUCUCGGAAGGAUACUAUGUGCUGCGGCAUGAGAUUAUCGCCCUGCAUAUUGCGGAGAAACUGGAUGGUGCGCAGGCGUAUCCGCAGUGUGUGAAUCUACGCGUUGUGAGAGGGGCGGAGGAGCAGGGGAAGAAGCUGGCUGGUGGUGUUCUGGGUAAAGACUUGUACGGUAUGAGAGAUGAAGGUAUACUAGUGGAUGUGCAUCGGAAGAUUGACGGGUAUAAGAUCCCAGGGCCAAAGCUAUGGGAGGACGCAACGCCUAUACGGCAGCCAAACCAAUAG